GUUUUUUUGGGGGUUUUUGGGGAUUUUUGGGGUCCCCCUGGAAUUGGGGAUGAGCCGGGGGGGGCGGCAGGGGGGGGACAACGUCCCCUCGGAGCUGCUGGAGCAGCAGGAGAACCUGAGGAUCUUCGAGCUGCUGGGCAGGAAAUGCGUGACCCUGGUGACAGCCGUGGUCCAGCUGCUGGUGGCCGAGCCCGGGGGGGUCCCCGGGGGGGUCCCGGGGGGUCCCGGGGGGGUCCCGGGGGGCUCCUGGACCCUUCGGGGCUGCGGCGUCGCCUGCCUGGUUCGGGACAGCCCCCGCCGCUCCUACUUCAUCCGCAUCUUCCGCCUGCCCGCUGGGGAGCUCUGGUGGGAGCAGGAGCUGCAGGGGAUGGGCUACAAGACCCCCACCCCCUUUUUCCACACCUUCAUCAGCCACGAGGGGUGGGCGGGGCUGAACUUCGCGUCCGAGGCCGAGGCGGCGACGUUUGAGGGGCGGCUCCAGGAGCGGCUGCGGCGGCGACAGCAGCGGGGGGAGAAGCAGCUGCUGCCCCCUCCCCCACCCCCCGGUCACGAGCGUCGGGGGAGCCUCCCAGGACCCCCAACCCUGAUGGCCCCCCAAUUCCGGCUGUGCCCAUCCCCAACCCCGACAUCACCCCCAGCCGCUACCGGGGGCUGCCCAACCCCCCCUCGGGCCCCUCCCCACAGCGGGGACCCCCCCCCAGGCCGGAGCCCCCCCGGGGGGGAGCAGAAAAAGGGGGGGGGGCGCAAGAAAAUCUCCAAGGCCGAUAUUGGGGCCCCCUCCGGUUUCAAGCACGUCGGGCACAUCGGUGGGACCCCAACGGGGGAUUUGAUGUAG